AUCAUGGCGCUCCUCCUCUCGCUUUGGGGGAUUCGUGGCCCCGCGACGGCCGCCCGGUUCCCCUCGUGGCGGCAGCCGGCCGUGCGCGGCUGGCCGGUGCGCCGAGCCUCCGGAGCGUCCCCGCCCGACGAGCACGUGGUGCGGAUCCCCCACGCGUGGAAGUUGAGGCUGGAGCGGCCGGCGUCCAAGCGGGAGGGACGCGGGAACCCCGAGACGGAGAGCGGCGCUUCCUUCGGGGAAAAGCUGCUGCUGCGGAGCCGGAGACGAGAGCUGAGCCAGGCGGCCCGGCAUACGACGGGCCGCCUGGAAAGGCCGCGCUUGGUGUCGGACGGCUGGAAGCACCGCUUGUCCCGCGGGGAUUAUUUCCAGCUGGAGCGGACGCGGAAGGAGCCUCCUCGGGAGACGAGCGACGGGGACGCCCCGUCCACCUUCCUCGAGCUUGGGCUGGAGCCUCGCGUGGCAGCCUCCUUGCAGGACGUGCUGGGCAUCUCGCGGCCCACGCCGGUGCAACUGCGCACCAUCCCCGCCCUGCUGAAGGGGGGCCACGCGCUGUGCGGGGCGGAAACUGGCAGCGGCAAAACCCUGGCCUACCUGCUGCCUCUCUUCCAGCGGCUCUUGCAGGCCCCAACGUUCCAUGCGGACGUUUCCGGGACCUCUCCGCGCUCUUUGGUGGUGGUGCCCUCCCGAGAACUGGCGGGGCAGGUGCGCAGAGUGGCCGCCCUCUUGGCUGACCCUUUGGGCUUGCAGGUGAAGGAGAUCGGCGGUGGCCGGGGCACGGCUGUGAUUCGGCGGCGAAUCCAUGAGGGUCCCAGUGACCUCCUGAUCGCCACGCCAGGCGCCCUGAGCAAAGUCCUGAAGAGGAAGAUGUUAUCCUUGGAGAAAUUGCUCUUCUUGGUGUUGGAUGAAGUGGACACUCUCCUGGAUGCCUCGUUCAUAGAUCUGGUGAAGGAUAUAGUUCAGCAUGCUUUUUUGAAGGAUGUCGUUCAGCAAGCUUUCCUGGACCCAAAGUUUGAAGACAGGGAUGAGGCUUGGGAUCCCAAAGCCCAGCUGGUAGCGAUGGGCGCUACUCUUCCAAAAGGGUUAAGUCAGAUGUUGAGCGAGUCUGCCGAUCUCUCCAAUUUCACCAUAUUGACUGGCUCCAGUUUGCAUUGUCUUCAGCCUCACGUGGAGCAAAGAUUCAUACGUUUGAAAGGGGGUGAGAAAGUAGCAGAGCUGCUACAACUCCUCAAAGAGCGAGGAUCCUCCUCUGGAGCUGUUAUUAUUUUCUGCAACAAAGCCAGGACUGUUAACUGGCUGGGUUACAUUUUAGAAGACCAUAACAUCAACCAUUUACGCCUGCAGGGAGAAAUAGCAGCAGAUACACGAGCAGGCAUAUUUAAGGCCUUUCAGAGAGGCGAAUCUGACAUUUUGUUGUGUACUGAUAUAGCUUCCCGUGGAUUGGACACCAUUCAUGUAGAGCUCGUAAUUAACUAUGAUUUCCCUUUAACAUUGCCAGAUUAUCUGCAUCGGGUGGGGCGAGUCGGUCGCAUCGGCAGUAAAUUCCUUGGGACUGCAGUCAGUUUUGUAACCCAUAAGUGGGAUGUAGAUCUUGUUCGGAAAAUAGAAACGGCAGCUCGCAAAAGAACUCCACUCCCAGGGCUAGAUAUAGUUGUGAAGGAGUCUUUGCAUACAAAGAAGAAAUUCUGAAUUUGCCUGGAGGACCAACAGUUAAUCUAAUAUUUGAAACAAUUCCUAAUAUAUUUCAGACAUUUUGUGCAUUUGAUUUUCGACCACUCAAUCUUCUAUCUAUAUAUAUAAAAGGGAAAUACCACUCACACAUCAUCACAAAAUCUCCAGAACCGUAAAGCCU